AUGUCGGGCGUGUAUGGCGGCGACGAGAUUAAUGCAGUGGUGAUCGACCCCGGCACGUCGGUCAUUCGCGGCGGAUGGGCCGGCGACGAUCAGCCACGCGCACUAUUCCCUGCGCAUUAUGGAUGGCUCCCGAUGCGUGAAGAAGAUGGGGUGCUUGCAGACGAGCUUGCCAGUGCGAAACGCACGCGUCCUGCUGAGGACGGGGACAUUUCGAUGCAAGAUGCGGCGAAGGAAGAUACGGAGCAAGAGGGAAGCGAAAAGAAAGGACCGAAACUAUGCAAGGGCAUUUCGUUUGAUACGCAGCGCGGACGCAAGCGCUUUGUGGGCGACGCUGGCGUGUCCUACUGGCGAAAUGGGCUCGAAAUUGCGACACCGUUUGAUUCUGAUGGAAUUGUACAAGAUUUUGAUGCAUUUGAGGCGCUCACGCGGUACGCAACCGAGACCCUGGCGGCGCCGUCGACGGAGAACCCGUUGCUGCUGACGGAGCCGUCGACGAACCCUAAAGAGGUGCGCGCCAAGAUGGCCGAGGUCGCUUUUGAAGGGCUGCAAGUGCCUGCAUUCUAUCUUGCGAACCGCACGGUGCUGAGCUCGUUUGCAGCAGGGCGCCCGACUGCGCUCGUAGUCGACGUCGGCGCGUCGCAGCUCUCGGCCAUCCCUGUCGUGGACGGUUUUGUGCUGCGCAAAGGCAUCCACACACAGUCGAAUGCCGGUGAUACCAUUUCGCGCGCGCUGCUUCAUGGUUUUACGCACGAGUGCGGCGAGAAGAAUUUGAAGGAAGACGAGCUCAUUCCUCAGUUCCUGGUCAAGUCCAAGCAGCCAGUCGACCCCGGGAUGCCACCCAACGCGGUCUUGCGCGAGGACCGACUGCACGGAACGACGCCAUCUUUCCGGAUGUACCAGACCAUGCAACUACUGAGCGACGCAAAAGAGGCCGUGUGCCAGGUGCUCGAGACUCCCUGGGACGAGGGCCAAGCCGGCGCGCGGCCCACCAAGAUGUACGAGUUUCCCAAUGGGUACAACGACACGUUUUCUUUGCUGCGUUUUAAAGCACCCGAGGUCAUGUUUACGCCAUCGCUGUAUGGGCAAGUACGCGACGUGCUCUCGCCUGGUUCUGCUUCUGCGUCUCCGCUCGCGGGCCUUACCGAUCUCAUUUUGGAUGCGGCCAAGUCUGUCGAUGUGGAUUUGCGUGCGGCCAUGUUCAGCAACAUUGUCUGUGUCGGCGGGAGCACGCUCAUUCCCGGCUUUAUCGACCGCCUCAGCUACGAGCUCAGCGUCGCGGCGCCGAGCCAGCGGAUCAAAAUCCAUUCUCCCGGUAAUUAUACAGAGCGUAGGCACUCUUCCUGGCUUGGCGGCAGUAUCCUUGCGAGCUUGGGCACGUUCCACCAGCUUUGGAUCAGCCGCCAGGAGUACGAGGAGCAUGGCAGCGCCAUUGUGCAAGCGCGGUGCAAGUAA